AUGUUACCCUCAGAAUACCAAUGUUACUCUCAGAAUAACUUUGUUACCCUCAGAAUAUCAAUGUUACCCUCAGAAUAUCAUUAUUACCCUCAGAAUAUCAAUGUUACCCUCAGAAUAUCAAUGUUACCCUCAGAAUAUCAUUGUUACCCUCAGAAUAUCAUUGUUACCCUCAGAAUAUCAAUGUUACCCUUAGAAUAUCAAUUUACCCUCAGAAUAUCAAUGUUACCCUCAGAAUAUCAAUGUUACCAAACUAUCCAAUAUAUACAGGGAGUCAUUACUGUGAACAUCAUGAUAUCGUAAUGUAACCUUUUCCUGUUGACUUGGCAACAAGGAGCAAUAAACAAUAUUAUUUCUAGUCUACAUAUUGACUUUGUAAAUACAGCUGUCAUGCUGGAGACUAGAAUUAUAUUAGUUGAAUAGAUAUAAGUAUGUAAACUUAAUAAGACUAACACAGGCGGCUAGGCCAUAAUGUUACCAUUUACAUGGGUAUAAAGUUUUAGUACAUUGCACUUAGUAUGUUGUGUUAUUUGUGUUGCAUCCAUUGGGCUAAUUGAAUGUUAAAUGUGUUAUUUUGCCUAUAAUACAAUUUAAUUCUAUAUUCAGCUGUGGAAAGAAUGCAUAUUGCCAUCCAGGAUUGCCUAUGUCACUCCCUGGUUGUCAUUCUCUUUUGAGUUGGUUGUAUCAACAGGGUAGAGGGUGAUAGAAAUAAUUUUUAAAUAAAGAGGGCAGGCCAUUCAACUCUUAACCCCCCCCCCCC